AUGCCGGCACGGGCUCCGGCAGCUGGCCACGCAGCCGCCGCUACGCCGUGGGGGAUGAGGUCGAGGUCCUCUUCACCGGACCGGGCUUCCGCGGCGCGCGCUUCGAGGCCACCGUUACCGCGCGCCUCCCGGGCUCCGGUCGCUACAAGGUACUCUACUCCCGAACUUUUCGUCCGCUGCGGCGGCCCCCCGCUGCGGGAGGUCGUGGCAGCCUCCGAUGUACGGCCGAGACCGCCGCCGCCGCCGCCGGGGCGCGAGUUGGAGCUGUUCGAUCUCGUCGAGGCGUACCACAGCGACGGAUGGUGGCCGGGCCUCGUGUCCGACAUCCAGCCCAAGCGGAGGCGGAACCAGGAGACACAGUUCGCCGUGUCCCUCCCGCUGUUCCGCGAGGUAGUGGUGCUCUCGGCCUCGUUUGUGCGGCCCAGCCGGGAGUUCGUGUACAGAAGCUCGAUCGACGCGCAGGAAGUGCUGCGAGGGAUACCACAAUAUGCAGAAGGAAGCCGCAUAGAAGUGAUGUGUGAUAAACAGGGCAGAGUUUGGAGGCCGGCUAUUAUUAAGAAGAUGGUCGGCAGUACCAACUAUGUUGUUAGCUACGGAAAUGGGGAGAGCUCCAUUGAGGUCCUCCACACAAGGUUCACUUGGCUAGAACCCAUCUCUGACAAAAUGAAGUUGGAGUAUGAAUUGAAGCCCUCGGCAGAGGUGGAAGAGAGGUUAUUCGGCUUGAUCAUGCUGCUCAGAUGUGGGCUGUUCUUCGUCAGCGCUAUGAGCCCUCUGCUAUCUGCAAUAUGGCGUGAGCUUGGCACUCUUAGUCCCCAGUUGUCCCCGGACACUUGUGACUCCUGCAGGAAGCAACAGAGCCACCUCGAGCUUCGUCGCACCUAUGACUUCCUGACUCGUCUGCGUGCUGAGUUUGAGCCCCUUCGUGCUCAAUUACUUGCUCGUGAGCCGUGCGUGUCUUUGAUGGAGGCUCUUGCUGCUGUUCGUAAUGAGGAGACUCGCCUUCAUUCUGCUAGUCUACUUCAGUCGACGUCCUCCUCAGUCCUGGCUGCUCGGUCUGGAAUUCUUGGUUCUCCUCCCAAAGUGCCUGCUUCAGCAGCCUCUGGUGGCUCGGGGACUCGCAACUCAGGUGGCCUUCAUUGUAAGCACUGUGGCAGAGAUGGACAUGAUGAGGAUCAUUGUUACAAGAAGAAGAGGCAGGCUCAGUCUCAGUCUCGCCGAGGUGGGCGUUCCUCACAUGCUCAGUCUCAGCAUCCUGAUGCACAGCAGGAGAUACUCAUGUUACUUCGUCGCCUUGCUGUUCCUCCACCUACUGGAGCCUCUGGUUCUGUCACUACUAGAGCUGCUGGUUCUGUCACUCCUGCCCCAGUACUCUCUGCUGCUACUUCUCAGUCUUUUAUUGAGAGACCACCAUCCACUUCAGGUAUCUUGCCAUGGAUUCUUGAUUCUGGUGCUUCUUUUCAUAUGACACCUGAUAGUACCUCUCUUUCUUCUAUUUGCUCUCCUUCCAUUCCUCUCACUGUUCAAACUGUUGAUGGCUCAUCUCUUUCGGUUGUUGGUCUUGGCACUCUUUCUUCUUCUUCAUUUCAUGUUCCUAAUGUUUCUUAUGUUCCUGAUUUGACCAUGCAAAUUAUUUCUGCUGGCCAGCUCACUGAUCAUGGUUGCCGUGUUAUUUUUUAUUCUGACACUUGCUGUGUACAGGAUCUCAGCAUGGGUCUCCUAGUUGGUACUGGCCCUCGCCGCCAUGAUUCUCCGCAUCUCUGGGAACUUGGUUGGCUUCGUCUUCCUUCCGCUGCCUCUGUCGGUCUUGUGAGCUCUGCUUCUCCUGCAUCGGCUUCUUCCUCUUUUGCUCAGUGGCAUCAUCGCCUGGGACAUCUAUGUGGUUCCCGCUUAUCCACUCUUGUUCGUCGUGGUGUUCUAGGAAAUGUCUCUGGUGAUGUUUCUUUAGAUCAGUGUCAGGGUUGUGUCAUUGCAGAUGUUGGCAGCUGUGAACCUAGAAGAUAUAGAGUAAAGGUCAAAGAGCAUAGCAACGCAUAUGGAAAUGACUACAUGAUUGUGUCAAGUGCGUCCUUGAGACCCAAGGCCAAAUGGGACAGUCCGGAAUGGAGGAUACGUUCUACCAAGAAACAUACCAGGAAAAGAAAUUAUUCAGAUUCUGAUUCUGACUAUUCAUCAGAUUCUGGCUAUUCACCAGAGUUCUCCACACCUGGUGGAAACAGUGAUCUGUAUAGUUCAAUCCCUAACAAAAGGGUGAGGAAAGAAAAUGCUCAAAUGGAAGAGGUGCACUUGAGGCACUCUUUAAAUCUCAGGCAAGAUACAGGCAGCUCAUCAUUAAAGCAUGUUAUGGAUAUGGAAAUACCUUCUGAAAAGCAUGUCUCUAGGGUGAAGAAACUAGAGAGAGAACGGGUGGGUUUAGGGUUUGGGGUUGUAAAGGGGGAAGAGCAAAUACUGGAAGCCAAUGCAGUGAAGUUAAUCUGUACACCGUGCGAUGGAAAAGGGAGGCACUCCUUGCCAAAGGCACUUGCUAGUAAGAGAAAGGACCUUUCUGUUUCUUCACUGGAUGAUGUUAUUGAAAUUGGUAGCAAGUACAACUUUGGUGAUGCUGUUGUGAUCAGUGAUGACUCUAGCCAUGGAAGUUUUAUUGAAAUCAGCGACGAUUCUAGUUGUAACCCAAUCAAAAUGCAAAGUGGAGGCGAAAACCAGGAAAUGUGCCCAAAAAUUACAGAGAUAGAUACAGAAAACAAAAAAACAGGCAUUUCACCUGAGGAGGCGGCAGCCUUCCUAAUCGGAAAAUUAGAACCACCUUCAUCUGGACAAAAGGGUGUCAAGGCUGACCUCGUUUGUAUUGAAGCCCGUAACGAUAACAAAGUGGAGAUAAAAAACGAAAGAAUGGGUAUGUCUCUUGUGUCAGCAGAAGGUUUUCACCUGGAAACCUGUAGAAACUUGUUCUCUACAACUUCCUUGCUGCUGAUGCCUAAAAACAAAAUGGAGGUCUUUGAGAAGCUACCACAGAAUCCACACUUCCGUAAGGCGUGGAAUUGUCCUCCAGAACUUCGUGGAGGAAGAGCCAUAGGACAUAUGGUCUCUUUUGCAGACAUGGCCGAAAGCAUCAAGAACAUGCGAAUUCAGGAUGAACCUCGACUUUAUGAAGAGAAGAUGAGCAUCCUAUUGUAUAUGGAGGAAGAGAACGGGUUUGAAGCUGGCCCCCUGAAGGUCCGCCUCCAUAACCUGCUUUGUACAAGGACUUGCCAGAUUAAUCUCAAGAGCAGGAAACUCCAAGUCGAUUUGUGUCAAGUUGAGGAGUCACUCAAGUAUGUUGAAGCCGUUUUUUGUAGCAUUGCUACUGCACCGUGGCAAUCAGACGCUGCACCUUGCUACAGUAUCUUGCUCCGCUAUUAUGGGAGUAUGUCUGCUUUCUUCAUGGAUCUGAGAGAAAAUGAUCUUCUCAGUUAUGUCUAUUUUGAGUAUGCAGUCUGCCCCACCUAUGAUCUUAGGAUAUGUGUAUUUUGA